AAAAUGUACUUAGUAACUGUGUCAUAUGAAGAACAAAUUCAUAUAAAUACGUAUAUUUGAUUAAGUUAUCCAAAUGCUUAGAAGAGUUUGGUUUAUUUCCCAUAAUUCUCAUUGUGAUGAAAGAAAGUAAUAAUAAUCUUCCUUUACUACUACUAUUCAGUUAUAUAAUAUUCAGUUUAAUAACAUCAGGAAAUAUGCAGCCAGAUUUCAGUCAACAACUCAUGCAAACGAUUGAGGCUGCACAAAAAGAAGCACGGAAUGCAACGCACACACAAGAAAGAGAAGAAGGUGUGUCCAAGAGUAGGGAAAGUGAUUUGAGCUUGAUGCAAACCGGUGGAAAGUAUUAUAAGAAGAGACUAUCAAACAAAGGAACUGGCAAACGCUAUGAAGGUCUCUUCUUCUCUCGUGGUUAUUCAAUUUAUGGUGAUAUUGAUUCAGAAACAACUACAUUUCAAUAUGGUGGCAAAAUCACAAAAUAUGGCAAACGUAGACGAAAGUAUUCCGACAGAGAUACAAUUGGAAGUUCGGAUAGAUAUGCUAGUUCAUAUAUUAAAGAUGACUUUAAGAUUAGAGCUAAAACAAAGAAAAAAUAUCAAAGAGAUUAUGAUGAAAUGUCUGAUAUGACUGGGAGGGUAAGGCAAAUCACUAAUAUUUGGGGCACUCACGGAAAUCGUGGGAUAUCGAAUACCAAAGGAGAAUCGAAAACAUCAGAAUCGCAAAACAGAACUGAAAUAGAAAUUUUUAGUGAUGACGAAAAUAGGAGAAGUAUGUGAAGUUACAAAUGCAGUAAAUCAUCAAAUGUGAUGUGUUUUAUUCCACAUAUAAUCAAAUAUAUUUAAUUAAAAAAUAAUGUCAAAGAUUAUUAUAUAUAUAUAUAUAUAUAUCAGAAAAUCUUUCAAGUAAUAUUAUUAUUUCUUCCAAAAAGUAAAAUGAAUUUUACAUUUGUUA